AUAGUAAAUUCCAUCAACUUAUUUUUAUAUUUUUUGUCAUUCGUUCGCUGACCAAUGACCGAUAUACUAUGCGAAUCAUUCUCGAGCGCCAUCUAGUUUCAUUAAAUCAGUUAAUUAACAUAGAAAGCAUUAUCACCUAUAUUAUAUUACAUUGCUAGUGACAACGGUUUAGUUUAAAUAUGAAUGCUAAACUGUAGGCUCUUAAGCUGUUUAAGUUUGAUUUUCGAAAUUGAUACAAUAAAUCCCACCUCAAUUACAUUAUCGGCGUCAACAAUUGGUUGGGAAAAUGGAUGGGAUUUAUAAAGUUCUUCUGACAAUUUUGUUGGCGAAUCUCGUCUUUGGUGUGAUUCUUUGGCUUCGUGUGCGGAAGCUAUGUUCUUUUCCUGGAUUCUUGGGAGUACCUGUUAUCGGAAAUCUCUUUUACUUCUACAAAACACUAUUUUUGAUCACCGCUGAUAGUCUGGAAAACCAUUUGAAGGAAGUUACUGAAAAACAUGGAAAGAACGGGUUUUGCUUCCAUAUAAGUUAUGGUUACAAGAUAACAGCGAUAAUAACAAAUCCUGAGAUUAUUAAGAAAAUAUCAUUUCAUCCAAACCUGAUCGAUAAGUCUUAUGAAAUGUACGGAGGAUUUCUCGAUUAUAUGAGAGGACCUUUUAGCAGACCACGUUCAGACGAAAAAUGGAAAAUGUGGAGAAAGGAAUACAACAUUUUUUUGAAGAGGUCAUGUGUAGACAACGAUUAUUUUAAUACUUAUAUUACAUCUGCCGAAACACUAGUUAAUAUGAUGUUGGAUUCUACCAGUGCAUAUGGUGCAUCCAUAGCUUUAACACAGAACGUUACCAUGAGAACCUUGUUUGGUGUUGAGACAGAUUUAGUAUAUAAUAAAGAGAUUAUAAAAGUAUUGACCAGAUUGAUCGAAAUGGGAGCAAUGCUUGGAGCCAACACAAAUAUAGCGAGAGCGAUAGCUCCCAUAGUGCGACCAAUAGCAGAAAAAGUCAGUGGGAAAGCAGUAGUAAUUCGGAAAACGAUAUUCCAAAAGAUAUAUAAAACGAUAGUAUCGAAAAAGGAACCUCUUUCAGAACCAAGAUUAGCAAUGAAUGUAGCAGCAAAAAGUAUAGAAUCUAAUGAGAGUAAAAGAACACUACUACAGCUUAUGCAGGAAGUGCUCUUUACAUCUGCCCACACUGUUGCUUCUGCUUUAUCAAACACUAUAAUUCUUUUAGCAGUUCAACCUGAUAUGCAAGAAAGAGCUUUUAAGGAGCAAUGUGAAAUAUUUGGUAAUGAUAGCAGAGAUCCAACAAUUGACGACGUAGAACGCAUGGAGUUUCUUGGCAGGUUUAUAAAAGAAUGCUUAAGAUUUCUUGGUCCUCCAUUCAGUGGAAGGAAGGCAACUGCUGACAUAAAUUUAGAUGGCACGAUAAUACCAAAGGGAUCCAUUGUAGUGUACCUCUUCAAUUCUAUUACAAUGGACUCAAAAUACUGGCAGAAUCCAAACGUUUUUGAACCAGAUCGCUUUCUUGAAGAAAGCGAUUUAAUGAAGUACACUUUUACACCAUUUGGAGUAGGUGUCAGGAGCUGCCCAGGUAUGUAUUUUGCAACAACUUUGAUAAAAAUCACGUUGUCAAAAAUAUUAAGAACAGUAAAGCUUAGACCAGUUGACAAAGAUUUCCGUUUUGAAAGUUUGAAAUAUAGAAGCAGUCUUUUAACGGAAAUAGCUAAUCACCCUAAGUUACACGUUGAAAGAAGGGCAUGAUAUAUUUUAAUUGUAAAUAAUGAAAAAUGAAUAUAAUUUCAUAAAGCACAAUUUUUUUUUUAUAAAAUACAAAAUAAUUUAUUAUUAACAA